GUCCUAAUGAAUCAUUCAACGCACUAUCUCCUUCUUCCUUCUUCUUGUCGAGAGGUCAAUGAUGCCAGAUUGACUUGCAAAAUCUCAAGAUUUGAAGAUUACUUCAAAAGAAGCAUCUCCAGUAACUAAGCAACUUCAAUUUUCAUGGAUUCCUCAGCUCCUAGUUCUAAACUUUAAUGCCUCACAGUCACAGGCCAUUGAAUCUCAAGAUGAGUGUGAACCGGCGAAAUUGGCUCAAACAUGGAUCUAAUCUCAGAUUGGUGGUCUUAGUACUUUGCUUGGUUUGUGAUGUUGGUUAUGGUCAAUUUGAGGACACCAAUGAGUUCGAGGAUCCGGCUGUUCUUCCGCUCGUUACGCAGAUGGUUUAUCGUAGGCUCUCUAAUAGCACUGCUGCUCUUAACCGGGAGUUCGGUACAAGAGCAAAGUUCUGCGUCAAAGACCCGGAUGCUGAUUGGAAUAGAGCUUUUAAUUUCUCCACCAACUUGAAUUUCUUGUCUUCUUGCAUUCAGAAAACCAAAGGUGAUAUGGGUAGGCGUAUCUGCACUGCAGCAGAGAUGAAGUUUUAUUUUAAUGACUUCUUCAAUAAAUCGAGUAACCCGGGCUACUUGCAACCAAAUGAGAAUUGCAACUUGACUUCGUGGGUCUCUGGUUGUGAACCUGGAUGGGCCUGCAGUGUUGUCGACCAAACCGAACAAGUCGACCUGCAAAACUCCAAAGAGUUUCCUGUUAGAACAAGAAACUGUAUGCCUUGCUGCGAAGGGUUUUUCUGCCCCCGUGGCCUCACUUGUAUGAUACCUUGCCCUCUUGGUGCCCAUUGCCCUUUAGCUACCCUUAACAAGAAAACAAGCUUAUGUGAGCCGUAUACUUAUCAGUUGCCACCAGGAAGACCAAACCACACUUGUGGAGGUGCAAAUGUAUGGGCUGAUAUCAGAAGCAGCAGCGAAGUAUUCUGUUCCGCAGGAUCAUAUUGUCCAACCUCCACUCAGAAAGUACCUUGUGAUAGUGGGCACUAUUGCCGAAUGGGGUCUACAUCUGAGAAACCCUGUUUUAAGCUAACUUCUUGCAAUCCCAACACAGCAAACCAGAACAUGCAUGCAUUUGGGGUUAUGGUUAUUGCUGCUGUGAGUACUAUACUACUCCUUAUAUACAACUGUUCUGAUCAAAUCCUAACAACGAGGGAGAGGCGGCAGGCUAAGUCAAGGGAAGCAGCUGUGAAGAAAGCAAAGGCUCAUCAGAGAUGGAAAGCUGCUAGAAGUGCUGCUAAAAGGCAUGUGAGUGAGAUCCGUGCGCAAAUAACUCGGACGUUUUCUGGUAAAAAAACUAGUAAUGAUGGGGAUACUCACAAGAUGUUGGGUCCUGGGAACUCUUCUGAGGUAAGCUUGUCCAUAAAUUCAAGUCCUGCGAGUUCCUCUGCUGCUCAUUCUAGCUACGAUGUCGAGGAUGAUGCUGCAGCCGCAAGAAGUAAUGAAAGAGCAAGUGUUGAAACAGAAGGAAAGAGAGUAAAAGGGCAUAAGGUCAAGAAAUCACAGAGCCAAAUCUUCAAGUAUGCGUAUGAACGGAUCGAGAAGGAGAGAGCCAUGGAGCAAGAGAAUAGAGAACUUACCUUUUCAGGAAUAGUUAACAUGGCUACUUAUUCUGAGAUGAGGAAGAGGCCUCUCAUGGAGCUUUCUUUCAAAGAUCUAAAUCUUACAUUGAAAUCCAACGGUAAGCAUCUGUUGAGAUGUGUCACGGGAAGCAUGAAACCAGGGCGUAUCACAGCCGUGAUGGGUCCAUCAGGAGCAGGAAAGACAAGUCUUCUUUCUGCUUUGGCUGGGAAAGCCGUUGGAUGCAAAUUGAGUGGUUUGAUUCUUAUAAACGGGAAGCAGUUAUCAAUCCAUUCAUACAAGAAAAUUAUUGGUUUUGUGCCACAAGAUGACAUUGUCCAUGGAAACUUGACAGUUGAGGAAAACCUUUGGUUCCAUGCUAAAUGCAGAUUACCUGCAGGACAAUCAAAAGCUGACAAAGUUCUUGUGGUUGAGAGAAUCAUCGACUCUUUGGGGCUACAAGCUGUGAGAAGUUGUUUGGUUGGUACCGUAGAGAAACGUGGAAUCUCUGGAGGGCAGAGGAAACGAGUGAAUGUGGGUUUGGAAAUGGUAAUCGAGCCUUCGAUAUUGUUCUUGGACGAACCAACUUCAGGCUUGGAUAGUGCCUCAUCACAGCUUCUUCUUAAAGCUCUUCGUCAUGAAGCCCUCGAGGGAGUCAAUAUUUGCAUGGUUGUUCACCAACCAAGUUACACUUUGUUCAGAACGUUCAAUGAUCUUGUUCUUCUAGCCAAAGGUGGCCUUACUGUUUACCACGGAUCGGUGAACCAAGUCGAGAAAUACUUCUCGGGUCUUGGAAUCAAUGUACCUGAACGUAUCAACCCUCCUGACUAUUACAUAGACGUAUUGGAAGGAAUUGUGGUUUCAAAUUCGAAUUCUGAUGUUGGCUAUAAAGAGCUUCCACAAAGGUGGAUGAUUCACAACAACAUUGCUGCUGAACUUGAGACGAAUCCAGACGUUGAGAACAAUUCGAACGAUAAUGCAGAGCAAACGUUUGUGAGAGAGCUGUGGGGAGAUGUGAAGAGUAAUCUCAGGCUGCGUCGUGAUAAAAUACGGCAUAACUUCUUGAAGUCGAGAGAUUUGUCCUACAGAAGAACCCCUUCUAUGUGGCUGCAGUACAAAUAUUUCCUUGGAAGGAUAGCUAAGCAGCGAAUGAGAGAAGCUAAAUUACAAGCUACAGACUAUUUGAUAUUAUUGCUAGCUGGAGCUUGUUUAGGAUCACUGAUCAAAGCAAGUGAUGAGAGCUUUGGAGCUCCUGGUUAUACCUACACUAUUAUCGCCGUUUCUCUUCUGUGCAAAAUAGCAGCUUUAAGGUCAUUCUCACUAGACAAGUUACAUUACUGGAGAGAAAGUGCUUCGGGGAUGAGUAGCUUGGCUUGUUUUCUUGCCAAAGAUACAAUAGACUGUUUCAAUACACUUGUCAAGCCGUUAGUAUAUCUCUCCAUGUUCUAUUUCUUCACGAACCCGAGAUCAACGUUUUUCGAUAACUAUAUCGUUUUGGUAUGUCUCGUAUAUUGUGUGACUGGUAUCGCAUAUGCGUUGGCUAUCUUCCUCCAACCAGGCUCUGCCCAACUGUUCUCUGUUCUUCUUCCAGUCGUUUUAACACUUGUUGCAACUCAACCGAAGAAUAGUGAAGCUAUGAAGAUCAUUGCUGAUUUAUGUUAUCCAAAGUGGGCUUUGGAAGCAUUUGUGAUUGGAAAUGCUGAAAGGUACUAUGGAGUAUGGAUGAUUACUCGAUGUGGAUCGCUUAUGAAGAGUGGUUACGACAUUAAUAAAUGGAAUCUAUGUAUAAUGAUAUUGAUUCUCAUUGGUGUGGUCACUCGUAACAUCGCUUAUGUUGGGAUGAUUAUACUUCAGAAGAAAUGAAGAGAGGCUUUUAAAUAAUCCGCUUUUAGUGAAGCUUCGAGGUAGGAGAGAAGAUUAUAGCUUAAUUUUGUUGUACUAAUUAUGUGUUACGUCAAUAUUGGCAUGUUUAUUUAGUUUAAUCUAUAGGGUCUUUCCAAAAAAACCUUGGUCUGUCCUUAGAUUUUGGCAUAGAAUUGAAACUACAACUUGGCCAAAAACUUGUUCAAUCUUCUUCUGUAUGUUGAAGUUGAUUAUGUUUCUAA